GUGCCCACUGCCCCUCAUGAGUUGUGAAAGCACAAAGCCAAAGCCGAGGUCGGAAUUGCCUGCCAAAGUUGUGACGAACGCCGCUCUCGUCUGUUCCAUCCAAGUUAUUUCGCAUCACAUCCAGUAGUAACAACAUGUCUGGACUACGAAUCCUCGUGCCCGUCAAGCGCGUCAUUGACUAUGCUGUCAAGCCUCGAGUCAACAAGGCCCAGACGGCCGUCGAGACGACCGGAGUCAAGCACAGUAUGAACCCCUUUGACGAGCUGUCAAUCGAAGAGGCCGUCCGUAUGCGCGAACGCAAGGCCCCCGUUGAAGACAUACUCGCCUUCUCUGCCGGUCCCACAAAGUCCCAGGAUAUUCUGCGUACCGCCAUGGCCAUGGGUGCCGACCGUGCCCUUCACAUCGUCGAAGAAAAGACCGAGCUGGAGCCCUUGAGUGUCGCCAAGCUGCUCAAGAAGGUUGUCGAGGAUGAGAACCGCAACCUUGUCAUUCUGGGCAAGCAGAGUAUUGAUGAUGAUGCCAACCAGACUGGCCAGAUGCUUGCAGGUCUGCUGGGCUGGGCUCAGGCUACCCAGGCCUCCAAGGUCGAGGUUGAGGGCGACACAUGUACCGUGACCCGAGAGGUUGACGGCGGUGUCGAGACGUUGCGCGCCAAGUUGCCCAUGGUCAUCACCACCGAUCUACGAUUGAACGAACCUCGCUACGCCAGUCUGCCGAACAUCAUGAAGGCCAAGAAGAAGCCGUUGGUCAAGAAGACCAUGGAGGACUAUGGCAUCGAUCUCACCAAGCGACUCAAGACUGUCAAGGUCAUGGAGCCCCCACCGAGACAGGGCGGUGGCAAGGUUGAGGACGUUGAUGGCAUGAUUUCCAAGCUCAAGGAGUUGGGCGCAUUAUAAAGAGUCCUCAGAUUUGAUACCAUGUAUUUUUUCCAUGCAUGAAGAUGCGAUUACUUGCUACGACUGUACUUAUAUUGAUUUCCUUUCUCUACCAGUCGCCCCAUGCAUCAUCGCCAGACUUUUGCUGUGACCCGCUUGCAGGCUUCUUCAUGGCACUUGUUCCUAUACUGGAUGAGGCAGCUUUCUUUUGUGUUGCCGUUUCGCCAGCAGCGGCGAAGUCAUCCCAAAAGUCCUUUUUGUCAUUUGCAGGUCCCUGAGGAGGUUCACCAAAGCUGUCCCAGAAGUCGCGCUUGUCUGCUGCCGGACCCUUGGCUCCUCCCUUUGGCGCCAGUCUCUCGUCGCCCUCGACAAAGCGGUUGAAGUUCUCGGCAGCCGCCUUGGUGCCGGUCUGAAUGCCCUGUCCC